AUGGCGGAACCCGAAUGUGUGGGCCAGCCCGACGCGGUGCUGUUGGCGCCGCUCACGGAGGACACGUUCCUUCACAAUUUGCAUGUGCGCUACAAACAUGACAUAAUAUAUACUUAUGUGGGCAACGCCUUGGUGUCGGUUAACCCGUGCCGCACGCUGCCGCUAUACUCGGCUGAGCUGGUCCGCGCGUACCUGGCGCGCCCACCUUACCAGCUACCUCCGCAUUUGUACGCAAUAACGGCCACGGCGUACCGGUGGGUGCGUGAUCGGAACGAGAGCCAGUGCAUUGUCAUAACUGGCGAGAGCGGCGCGGGCAAGACGGAGGCGGCGCGCGUGUGCCUGCAGUGCGCGGUGGUGGCGGGCGAGCGCGGCGCCGAGCUCACGGCCGCGGGCACGCUGCUCGAGGCCUUCGGCAACGCCGCCACCGCCAGGAACCACAACGCCAGCAGAUUUGGGAAGCUGCUCGAGAUCGAGUUCGACUUCAAGGGCGAACCAGUCGGAGGACACAUCACACACUGUAAGUACAUACAUCAACCGACAAUAUUUGAUACGUCACUGUCUGCGCUGGGAUUUAUACGACUCCAUACACCUAAAGAGCGCGUGUGCGGCGGUGUGCUGGACGGCGAGCGCAACUUCCACGUGCUGUACCAGUUGCUGGCCGGCGCCGACGUACAUCUGCUCAAGCGGCUUCGGCUCAAGCGCUCCUGGGAGUACUACCGCAUGCUGCGCGGCGCGGUGGAGGAGGGGGGCGGGGCCUCCGCCUCCCCGCGCCGCGCGCCGCCUCAGCAGGUGGCGCCCGCGCCCCGCGCCGCCGCGCAGGACCGGGACCACUUCGCCUUCACCACGGCGGCGAUGCGGGCCCUGGGCUUCAGCGGGAGCGAGUGCGACGCGGUUCUGCGGCUGCUCGCCUUCAUGCUGAAGCUGGGCAACGUAGAGUUCGAGCCGCAGCACAACAUCGACGGCUCCAUCGGCACGCGCGUGCAGCACCAGUACGGUCAGUCGCCGGGCCGCGCGCCGCCCCGGGCUGCGCGCGGCCCGUGCUCACGCAGGGCCCUUGUGUGUGCAGAGCUGGUGGAGGCGUGCGCGCUGGUGGGCGUGGACGCGGACGAGCUGGCCGCCGCGCUCGGCGCGCCCGACCUCGACGCGCCGCGAGACGCCGAGAGCUCGGAGGGCUCGGAGGAAACGGGCGCGUGUAGCUCGCCGGAGAGCAGCACGGAGUCUUGGGCGGGUGCGCUGCGCGACCAGCUGGUGAGCGUGCUGUACUCGCGACUGUUCACUUGGCUCAUCAACAACGUGAACGCGGCCCUGCACCCGCGCACGCCGGGCAAGCGCUGCGCCAUCGGGAUCCUCGACGUGUACGGCUUCGAGUCUCUGGCGAGCAACGGCCUGGAGCGCCUGCUGAUCAACUACGCGGCGGAGCGCGUGCAGGCGGCGGUGACGGCCGCCACGCUGCGGCGCGAGCAGGACGAGUACGUGCGCGAGGGGCUGGCCUGGCGCCCGCUGCACUACACGGAGCACGAGCUACACGCCGAGCUGCUGGACGCGGGCCCGGACAGCGUGCUGGGCGUGCUGCGCGACUGCUCGGCGCGCGGACUCGGCGACGGCGCCUUCCUGCAGCGCCUGCAGCGGCGGCGCCACCCGCGCCUGCUCGUGCUGCCGCCCGACCACUUCCAGAUCGUGCACUUCGGCGGCGCCGUGGUGUACAGCGCGCGCGGCAUCGUGGCCAAGAACCGCGACCAGGUGUGCCGGCGCUGCUGCGGCGUGCUGGGCGCGGCGCGCGAGCCGCUGCUGGCGGCGCUGUUCGCGGGAGCGCUGGAGCGCGCGUGCGGCGGGUCGCCGCGCCGGCCCGCCGCGCUCGCGUGCCGCCAGCGCGCGCUCGUGGGCGCGCUCGUGCGGCGCCUGCCCCCCGCGCCGCGCCUCGUGCGCUGUCUGCGCGCCGACGCCGCGCUGCGCCCGCACCGCUUCGACGCCGCGCUCCUGCGCCACCAGAUCCGCUCGCAGGGGUCAGUGCCAUACGAUCCUUAUUUGCUCCCUUCUCGUGCGGUGUACGGUACCGGCUCGUAG